AUGACCAAAACCCAACAUAAAAAGGUUGACUACCUAAAGGGAGCGGGGAAUCAUUGGAAACAGCUCUCCAUUUCGUUACGGCGAACUACCUUAGAGUGUCGAUCUGAAAUUCUUUGCUCACUCGGUGUCGAUAGGCAACUCAUCCGAGGUGUAAAAUUUCGCGAGAUUUGGAACAGUGAUGAAUGGAUUGAUUCUGUGCAGGCUCUGGCCGGAUUGAAAAGGAUGGGCAAAGCUGUGUUCAAUGGCGAUGGGUUCAAGGCUCGGCGAAAAUCAUCGUGUAAUACCAGUCCACCGUAG